AUGAGGAUUCUUGUGCUGAUUUUAGCUCUUUCUUUCCUACUCUACCGAGAUCCUCCAGUGAAAAGUGACCUGGAAGUGAACAGAAUAUGUGGCUAUGGGACUGCUCGCUGCCGGUGGAAAUGCAAAAAACAGGAAUACAAAAUUGGAAGAUGUCUCAACACCUAUGCAUGCUGUUUGAAACAAUGGCAUGACAGCUUACUGAGUUAUAUGAAAUGA